AUGUCUCCCCCUGUGCCCAUUCUCGUGAUACCUUCCUUCAAGGCUAUUAUAAAGGCUAUCGCUGUUACUAUCGUCGUCCUCACUGUCCUAGUUGUCGCCGCUUACUUCGAGGGCCACGUCAUCAGCUUCCUCGGCAUCUUGAAGAAGAUUAUUGAAGCCGCAGCUCCUGUCGUAAAGGAUACCCUACAAAAAGGCAAAUCUAGGGGACUAGCUGGGUAUGCAAUCGUAUGUACAGCCUAUAGUUAA